GCAUUGCGCCCCAAAGGCCUAACUAGAGCCCAGGCCAGGAUUUUUUGGCGCAUGUGGUCCUAACCUUCCCACUGGGUUUUUCCUCCUGCUCCACGCUCACUUGCUCCCCAACAUAGCAGCCUGGAUUUCCUGCUGCCCUGAGGCCAUUUGGCCCGUGGGGCCCCUAGCAGUGCGGGACAGCGCCCCCCAUCUUUGCAAUGCUUCCAAGUCGGGUCGGAGCCACCAUAAUGGGAUGGGAAGGGAAUGCCGGUUGCACCCCGCGCCCACCUAUCCGCCCGCACCCCGCGCCUGAGCGCCGCGUGGUCAUCGUGGUCUUCCUCGGCCUGCUGCUGGACCUCUUGGCCUUCACAUUACUGCUGCCUCUGCUGCCCGCGCUGCUGGAGAGCCACGGCCGCGCACACGACCCUCUCUAUGGCUCAUGGCAGCGCGGGGUGAACUGGUUUGCCACAACCAUCGGGGUGCCAGCUGAGAAGAGAUACAACAGUGUUCUAUUUGGAGGUCUCAUUGGCUCAGCCUUCUCCCUCCUGCAGUUCCUCUCAGCCCCGCUCACAGGGGCUGCUUCUGAUUGCCUGGGGAGGCGUCCUGUGAUGCUGCUCUCCCUGACGGGUUUGGCCAUCUCCUAUGCAGUGUGGGCCACUUCCCGGAGCUUUGCAGCCUUCUUGGCCUCCAGAGUGAUCGGAGGCAUCAGCAAAGGGAAUGUUAGCCUCUCCACAGCCAUCGUAGCUGACUUGAGCUCACCUCCAGCCCGCAGCCAAGGCAUGGCAGUCAUCGGAGUGGCUUUCUCCCUGGCCUUCACGCUGGGCCCUAUGCUCGGGGCCUCCCUGUCUAUAGAGAUGGCGCCGUGGCUCAGCCUGCUUUUUGCAGUCUCCGACCUGCUGUUCGUCCUCUGUUUCCUACCAGAGACACUUCCCCCAGAGAAGCGGGCUCCCUCUGUCACCCUGGGCUUCCGUGCUGCUGCCAACCUACUCAGCCCCCUGUCCCUCCUUCGCUUUGUAGCUGUCGCCCAUGGCCAGGACCCACCUGCUGGAGACAGACUCUGGAGUCUGCGUCGUCUGGGCCUAGUCUACUUCCUUUACCUCUUCCUGUUCUCAGGCCUAGAGUACACACUCACUUUCCUUGCACACCAGCGUUUCCAGUUUAACAGUCAGUGGCCUAGGGGACUGGGUGCUCACCCUCCACCUCCCAGCCUGCAGCAGGGCAAGAUGUUUUUCUUCAUCGGCCUCACCAUGGCCAUCAUACAGGGCGCCUAUGCCCGGCGGAUCAGCCCUGGUAGGGAAGUUGCAGCUGUGAAGAGGGCAAUGCUGCUGCUGGUGCCAGCCUUUCUUCUCAUCGGCUGGGGGCACUCACUGCCUGUGCUUGGCCUUGGGCUAUUGCUGUACUCUUUUGCUGCUGCUGUUGUGGUACCUUGCCUGUCCUCUGUGGUGGCCAGCUAUGGCUCACCAGGACAGAAGGGCACAGUGAUGGGCACACUACGGAGCCUGGGUGCCCUAGGUAGGGCAGUAGGGCCCAUGGUGGCUGCCUCAGUAUACUGGCUGGCUGGGGCCCAGGUCUGCUUCACCAUGUGCUCUGGGCUCUUCCUGCUCCCUUUCUUCCUCCUGUGGACACUGAGGCAUCCAGCACAGACACUGAAGGCCCAGUAGCUGAGCUCUACACCCAAGUGCAGCAGCCCAGGUUGCAAUGGGAAACUGGGCCAGAACCCCUCUGCAUUGCUGCCUUACCUCUUCCUCACAGCUCAGAGAGGCUGGACACUCCUCCUUCUCCAUCCCCUCAGGGAGGGCACCCAGCAGGAAGCCUAGGCAGCUUCACUGGGUGGCCUCACCAUCUUACUCCUUGAGGCCAAGCAGGGUAACUCCAAAGCCUUCGAAGUUUUUUUUUUUUUUUUCAAGGUAGGGUCUCACUCUGGUUCAGGCUGGCCUGGAAUUAACUACGUAGUCUCAGGGUGGCCUUGAACUAUCUGCGAUCCUCCUACCUCCGCCUCCCGAGUGCUGGGAUUAAAGGCGUACACCACCACACCCGGCUAGUUUCUAACUUUUUGAAAACAUCAGUCAUAUUUCUAAACGACAAAUAAAGCAGCUAUUUUAUACCAA